GGUAAUUUUUAAAAACACAACGUUCUUCGAUUAGGAUCAAAGAUUUGGAAACUUCGAAUAUUUGUUUACUAUUAAGAAGAAUUGUCUGUUUCUCUGGCAUGAUCGUCCAGUGAAAUUCGCAUUCUGAUUUUUGAAUCCUACAUGAAAUGUCUGACAAAGUAAUUCCAGUGAAAGUUGCAUUACGAAUCCGACCACUCAUCAAUAAAGAAAUACAUGAUGGGUGCAGGGAGUGCCUUGAAGUUGUCCCAAAUGAGCCUCAGGUUAUCAUUGGGAGUGAUAAACCUUUUACAUUUGACUAUGUAUUUGGUUCCACAUCUCAACAAGAAGAGCUAUACAACCAAGUUGUGGAGCCAUUGAUGGAUACCUACUUCAAUGGAUAUAAUGUGACUGUAUUAGCUUAUGGCCAAACAGGGUCUGGUAAAACAUAUUCCAUGGGUACAUGUGCAACAAUAAAUGCAUCAAAUGUCGAUGAUGAGAUGAACAAUGCUGUGAUACCCAAGGUUAUUCAUGCAAUAUUUGCAAGAAUUAAUGAUCAAAAGGAAAAAUGUGACUUUUUGGUGAAAGUUUCAUUUCUUGAGAUUCACAAUGAAGAAAUAAAUGAUCUUCUAAAUCAAGGACCACCAGAUGACAAAGGUUUAGCAAUCAGGGAAAAUACUUCAGGAGAAAUAAAGAUAAAUGGUUUGAAAGAAAUUAUAGUUCGUUCAAUAGAGGAAAUGGCAUCAUGUCUUGAGCAAGGUUCAGCAUCUCGAGCAACUGGUGCUACUGCAAUGAAUACGAGAUCAUCUCGAUCUCAUGCAAUCUUUACCAUUGUGGUUGAACAAAAAGAAAAAGCGGGCUCAAGGGAUGUUAAAAAGGCCAAAUUCCACCUAGUGGAUCUUGCUGGUUCUGAGAAAGCGAAGAAAACCCAAGCGACCGGUGAAAGAUUUAAGGAGGGUGUGAACAUAAAUAAAGGCUUGCUGGCCCUUGGGAAUGUUAUCAGCGCAUUGGGGGACGAACAGAGAAAGACGCAUGCGCAUGUACCAUAUCGUGACUCGAAGCUUACUAGACUUCUUCAAGAUUCCCUUGGUGGUAACAGUAAUACUGUGAUGGUUGCAUGUGUCAGUCCAGCUGAUAGUAACAUGGAGGAAACUCAUAACACGUUGAAAUACGCCGACCGAGCAAGGAAAAUCAAGAACAAACCUGUAGUGAAUCGUGACCCGGCCGCUGCAGAACUCUCAAAAUUACGGCAGCAGGUUCAACUAUUGCAACUUCAGCUGCUAGAAGGACAGUUCAUACACCAGAAAGGCAACGAGAGUGGCCCAGCAAUGAGCUCCAGCGAUAUGCACGAGUUGUUUGAGAGAAAUAAACAAUUAGAGACGGAGAACGAACGAUUGACAACGGAGCUUCACGAUGCCUUUGAUCAAACAACGGCUCUUUACGAGAAAGUAAUGUUGGUUGAAAUGGCGAAAGACAAGUUGCAACAGAAAGCAGAUCAAUUGAAAGAGAAAAUACAAACUCGUGGUCUUGACAUUUCAUUUGACCUCGACGAAGAAAAGAAGGAAAACAUGGAAAGUAUUGAUAUGGUUAAACAUAUUCAAAUGAAAGUUGAAGAAUUGGAUGAGGAGGAGGCCAACAUGUGCUCAUCAAUUGCACCAGACCUUGAGGAACGAAAAUCUUUGGACAGUGAUGGUGCGGAACACCCUGAAGUUGCCAAUAGUUCGUUUGCAGCUCAACAUGCGCUACGAAAAGCAGAGUUGUGUAAACAGUUGCAAGAACUAACCAAAGCCUUGGCAAUGAAGGAGGAAAUUGCUAGCAAGAUGGUCGAUAACGAACGUAUUAAUUCAAUGAGAAAACAACAUGAGAUGACGGUCAAGGAAUUGGAACAUAUCAUCGGAAAACUCGAAAAAGAAAAAGCAGAGUUAAAUUCUGCUUUGAAUACUAAGAAAGCAAAUCCUUCGUCUUUGAAAAAGGAAAAAGAAAGAUUGCGAGAACUCGAAGCACAGCUCUCCGAGUAUAAGAGGAAACAGAUUGAAUACAAAAAAUUACAGAAAACAAAAGAACAGGGUGACCAGACCAUAACAAAACUGGAUAAUGAAAUCAAGGGAAUGAAACAGAUGAAAGUGAAGUUGAUGCGACAGAUGAAGGAAGAAGCAGAUAGAUUUCGGCAGUGGAAAAUGAAAAAAGAUAAAGAGAUCAACCAGUUGAAGCAACAAGGUAGGAAGAGGCAAUUUGAGUUCAAAAAAUUAGAAUCUGUUCAUUUGAAGCAACAAGCUGUUUUACGGCGCAAGACAGAAGAGGCGGCUGCGGCGAACAAGCGAUUGAAGGCCGCACUUUCAAAGCAAAAGGAAGCAUCGGAAAAACGAAAUCAAUCUUUGCAACAUCAAAACAAACAGUCUGAUAGUGUCCUUGAACGAAUGAAGUCGUGGCUGUCCCAUGAGGUGGAGUUAAUGGUUAGCGCGAGUGAAGCUCGCAGAGCAUUGAAAGAAAUAAUCGAGGAUAGGAAAACAUUAUCGCAAGAAAUUUCUAAUCUCAAGGCAAAAUUACUAGAAAAAAUGGACGAGCCAUCAAAAAAGAAGAUGUCACUUGGCGGUGGGGAACAUGCGUCACUCGAAGACAACGAAACGUCCAGCAUACAAAAACAAAUUCAGGGCUUAGAAAUUGAGUUGGAAGUCAGGAGUUCACAAAUUGCUGACUUGCAGAAGAAGAUCAUCGACGCGGAGCAAGGUGAAAGGACGAAGUAUAGAUGGAACAAUAUCCAUACGAUGGCAGAAGCUAAAGCAGGCCUGAAAUCGCUGCUUAACUGGGUUGUUGACUCCAAAGUUAAACAAGGCCAAUUAAUGAAGGAAAAGGAAGACUGUCGAAGAAUGUCAGUGGAAACAGGCUCAGAACUCGAGAGAAUACGAGAAGAGUACGAGAACAAGCUUUCUGUUCUCCGAGUGCAGAAAGAGGAAAAGACGCUUGAAUUAGAAAAGAGAACUCAAGAACAAAUUGGGAAACUGCUUAGUGAGUUGGAGAGAGAACAAGCGACGAGUAAAGAGCAGAUGGAAACAAUCAGAAAACUCGAGGAAAUAGAGACAGAAAAUAGCAGUCUUCGCUUGAAGUUGGAGGCGUUUACUCGCGUCCUGUCGCCGGAAUCGAAAAUUACCAUAGAACCAAAUGUUAGGGAAUCAGAGGCGAUUGAUUUGAGUGAUAUUGAAAUGUAUUCACCUCCGAUGGAUAACGAUGCUGACUAUGUCCCAUCGACCGAUGGAGAGUUUGAAACGCCUGUCUUAAAACUGAAAACAAAACAGAAGAAAUCAUCUCUUAAUGCUGCUGCCCUAAACAAGAAGACUUUGCUAUUUGUAUGUUCAUGCAAGGGCGACUGCAGUACAAAAAGGUGCAAAUGCAAAGCUGCAGGCAGCAGUUGUGCAAAAUCGACAUGCAAAUGUAAUGUCAAUGUGUGCAGAAACAGAUCUCAGCCCGUAAACGUUUUAGAAACCGACGAUAAAGGUCUUCCUGUUACAAAGGCGAUUAGCAAUCUUAUAUCACCUGAACCAAGAAUUUCCAAUAAUAACCUUCCUAGGAGUGCAUCGCCGCGCAGGUUAAACAGUCCAUUACCGAAGACAUCAAAAAGCGGCUCUCCGGCGAGCUUUGUAAAACCAACAAAAACUGUUGGCGUAAAGUCCUCCAGACGGCGGUCUUCCAAGUACCAUGUGCAUAAUCAAGGCAGAACGAAAAAGCUUCUCAGCAUAAGUAAAAGUACAAACGUUCUCACUCCAAGUAAACAUUUUGUCGCGCCAAUGACAAGUCAAAGGAAAUCAACUUCCCACUCCAAAUUUCUCGGUGCUAAAACAGUUAAACCGGCGACUUUGAAGAAAGAUGAAAAUUCAGAACCCGAAAAAGAAGUUAUUUCAUCAUGAUUAUAAUAUUUUCAAACCUGUUAAGCCCCAUUAAAAAUGGGUGGUUGUAUUAUAG